GGGGGGCCGCCGCCGCCGCCGCCCAGCGCGCUCCGGGGCCGCCGGCCGCCGCCAGCACCCGCCGCGCCGCAGCCCCGGGACCGGCCCGGGCCGCCGCCGCCGCCGCGAUGGGCAACGCCCGCCGCAGCCAAGAAGGGCAGCGAGCAGGAGAGCGUGAAAGAGUUCUUAGCCAAAGCCAAAGAAGAUUUUCUUAAAAAAUGGGAAAACCCCGCGCAGAACACUGCCCAGUUGGAUCAGUUUGAACGGAUCAAGACCCUGGGCACGGGCUCCUUUGGGCGGGUGAUGCUGGUCAAGCACAAAGAGACCGGGAACCACUACGCUAUGAAGAUCCUCGACAAACAGAAGGUAGUGAAGCUGAAACAGAUUGAGCACACCCUGAAUGAAAAGCGCAUCCUGCAAGCGGUCAAUUUUCCGUUCCUCGUCAAACUCGAGUUCUCCUUCAAGGACAACUCGAGCUUAUACAUGGUCAUGGAGUACGUGCCCGGUGGGGAGAUGUUUUCCCACCUGCGGCGGAUCGGAAGAUUCAGCGAGCCCCACGCCCGCUUCUACGCGGCCCAGAUCGUGCUGACUUUCGAGUACCUGCACUCGCUGGAUCUCAUCUACCGGGACCUAAAGCCGGAGAACCUCCUCAUCGACCAGCAAGGCUACAUUCAGGUGACGGACUUCGGCUUCGCCAAGCGUGUGAAGGGCCGCACCUGGACCUUGUGCGGGACCCCCGAGUACCUGGCCCCCGAGAUCAUCCUGAGCAAAGGCUACAACAAGGCAGUGGACUGGUGGGCCUUGGGGGUCCUCAUCUACGAGAUGGCGGCUGGCUACCCACCCUUCUUUGCUGACCAGCCCAUCCAGAUCUACGAGAAGAUUGUUUCUGGGAAGGUCCGGUUCCCGUCCCACUUCAGCUCUGACCUGAAGGAUCUGCUGCGGAACCUCCUGCAGGUGGACCUCACCAAGCGCUUCGGGAACCUCAAGAACGGGGUCAAUGACAUCAAGAACCACAAAUGGUUCGCCACCACUGACUGGAUUGCCAUCUACCAGAGGAAGGUGGAAGCUCCCUUCAUACCAAAGUUUAAAGGCCCCGGGGACACGAGUAACUUUGAUGACUACGAGGAGGAAGAGAUCCGGGUCUCCAUCAAUGAGAAGUGUGGCAAAGAGUUUUCCGAGUUUUAGGGGUGUGCCUGUGCUCCCACGGGGUUUUCUUUUUCUGUUUUUUUUUUCUUUUUGGUGGGGGGUGGGGGGGUUGGAUUGAACAGCCAGAGAGCCCCAGAGUUCCUUGCAUCUACUUUCACCCCGUCCAGCGUAGGGGAAGCAGGAAGCCCAGAUUUUCAGAGGCACGGAAACACCAGCUGCUCCCCCUCACCCCUCCUGCCCCCUCUACCACUUUUCCCUCCCUGGUCCCCCACGGCCCCCCCACCCCAGUCCACUUCUGCCUGUUUUAAACGAGUUUCGCAGCCCCAGUCAGACCAGUCCUUGCUGGUAUUUCCAGGGACAGCAUGUGGAAAGAGGGGCCCAAGCUUAGCUCCCCCGCAAAACCGCAGGCACUGCUGGCUAAGGGCAAAGGAACAGAAAAACCAAUCUCCUCUCCAGAGCAGUUCUGCCAGGGAAAGGACACAUGUUAGUUAGUGACAUGUUCAGAGGGCUACUUGUUAGAAUUUUUAAGAAAACCAUUUAAAAUAUUAUUUAAGUUCCACCAGUGCCUCCCUUCCUCCUUCCUCUACCCCCACGCCCCCUCCAUGUCCCCCGACUCUCCCCAAGUCCAUUUUAACAAGGCUGGGAAGCAGAUUGAUUUAGUAAAGGAAGGAGCUGGGGCUCUAACCUCUGCCCUGAGCUUCUAAUCUCCCCUGCCCGCCCCCUCCCGUCCCUGCUGACCUGGAGUGGUCUCAGCCCCUUCUGGAAACUCCUACCCCCCCCCCACUCCCCCUACACACACCUUUCUUCAUCUUCGGGCUUGGGGAACCAGGCAAAUCAGCUGCCCCUCUCCCUGCCAAAGAGGAGACACCCCAUCAAAACAAGAGCGGCCCUUUCCCCCCUUGGCCCGCGAGCCUAGGGUCUCCUCCCCACGGCACCCCCCCACCCCGACUCCUUAAUUUUAUUCUCAGCUAGAUUUUUAAUGCCCAGCCUCCUCGCAGCUCAGUUGGGAAGGCAAACUGUGCAAAAGGACGUGGACAAGGCAAAGCCCUCCCGCCCCCCUACGCGGCCAGCGUCGCCAGGGAGGGGCCGCCCGUUGUAUUCACCCGGCGGCCUCCGCCCCGCCCCUCCCGUCCGGGGCGCCGCCUCGAGCUUAGCUGUCAGCCGUCCGCCGCCCCUUCGCCCCCCAGCCCUGUCUGAUUCGUGCUUUCGUCUAUCGUAAUACAACAGUAGCUCUGUGGGGAGCCGCUGGGGAGCCCCCGCAUUCACCUCCGUCUCUGUCCCUCUUAUAACUUCUCCCUGCCCCAGGAGGAGUUCUCAGGCCCGGGGUGGGGCCCCGGGUGGGCACAGAGGCGAGUCAACCUGUGUGCCGCGAAGGACGCGACUUCCUCUUGAACAGUGCGCUGUUGUAAACAUAUUUGAAAACUAUUACCAAUAAAGUUUUGUUUAAAAA